AGAGUCUCAUUAGCACGGUGUUUGACCCUAGGGAUGAGGAGUGCCGUUUUAUGAUUCAUGAUCGAUCUCAUGCACGGCCGAUCUGGGCGGCCUGAAGCCAGUGUGGCCUGGUCUGAUGCGUAUGCGUAUGCCAACUUCCAACCGAGCAGGCAGGGGAAGCUGGUGUUGACCCCAGCGAGCUCGAUGUUAAUCAGUGAGCUAAGCGGGCGUGCAAGGGUAAAAAUGGCUUCUUUUCAUGAUGCGCAAGAGUUUCGGGGUAACCAAGGUGGGGAAGAAGAAGUAGAUGUGAUAUCAGUGGAGCCUAUCACCAUGAUAGUGCCGCUGGAGUUGCAAGAUUCGCCCAGAACCACCACGCCAGAGAGUAGCGCUAGUCCGAGCGUGGGUGGUGGUUCUUGUGACCACCGGCCUUCAACCGGGAAGAGUUGCAAGAUUCCCCUUCUUUUUGAUGAACUUGCAUCAACUCGGUCACUGUUAAGUGGAGCACUAUCCAAAUCAAGGGUCUGUUGGUGCGACCUAGGACUUUUCAGCUUGUCAAUGGAUUUUUGUACAUCCCGUAGCUACCUUUCAAGGUCUGCAUUCUUUCUCAUUAGUUCUUCACUGUGUUUGGACGAGCUAGGCUCGUUAUUUAACUUCCCACUUCCCCUUGGUUUGGUCGGCACUAUUAUAUUGCUUAGAGCGGGGGAGUUUCGAGUUGCCACAACCGUAGCUGGUUGUGCAUCCCUAUUCAACAGAGGAAUUAGGGGGUCAUCUGGGAUCAGAUGGGCAAGGAUUUUACCCAUUGCCAUUUUGAGAACUCUGGUUUUCUCUUCGAGUUCGGUUGUCCGAGCAAGCUCUGUUGACCUUUCAGGUCGUUCAUGUUAUGAAUUGCCUUGUCUGGGAUGUCCACGCCUUGUUCCUGUUGGAAUUUGAAAUUGCUCAGGCUGAGUUGCAUACCCAGUUUGUGUUCUUUCAUCAUCAUCUGUUCCACUUAGUUGUUCUUGUUAUGCUCCUCCAACAAAAAGGUUUCUCAGCAUUGUCCUAAAAUCAUUCAAGCCGAGCUCAUAUAGUUGAGUGUCCUCCUAUUCAUCCAUUUCAUUUCUUGGAGGGCGACUUUUAGUAAAGGUACGAACCAUUU